UGUGAUUAGCAAAACUUGUGGAGCCGGGUCCCAGAGAGGAACGUUUGAGCUUGAAGGUGAGGUGAUUGGCGUUGGUGUUAAAGUCAGAACUUCAUGGAGUAGGUCGUAGGCGUAUUGGUGGUUAUGUUGCACCAAAACGGCAACUGCUCAAGUCUAGAUUUUUGCAUAAUAUCCCACCCAAAAAACUGACUUUUCGCUGUGAGGUGCUGGGUUAUUUUUGGAGACCUUCUUCUCUCAUCCCUCUUUGGUGUGUGCGCAAAAGUGAAACGGAUGAGCAGGUUUAGAAUUAGUCGCCGCAAACUUUUUUUUAACGUUUGAUUUUGGAAGCACGCUUGUUGACCGGUUCUCGCGCAUUUUGCAAGAUGUCCGAAAGAUCGCAGAGUCCGGAGUGCCAAAUCAGGCCAUAUGACUUCAGCCGGAGCAACCCUUGCAACCAUGUUUUGGGUCAUGAGAGUUCGGGCAGCCCUGCGUCAUUCCAGCUUCCCCACGGCGUCCUGCCAGACCACGGCCUCUUCUACAACAAAGCCGCUUAUGGUGGCAUCACACCAGCACCCGCGCAGACCUUUUUUUCUUUCCCACCCGUCACCAGUGAUUACAGGGGAUCCGAUCUUCAGGCUGGAGAGUUUGGGCAACCCAAGCACUGGUAUCCAUUCGCUGCGCCCGAUUACACCGGCCAGGUACCCGGCGUAGCGGCAGCUACCCAGCCGACAAACCCGAGUCCCACCAUAGCUGAGACCCGGGAGCAAAUCAAACUGCCCGAGAUAAAGACUGAGAAGGACACCAGCAAUGACUACUCAACGGAGAUAAAGCUUCAACAGUACCCAUCAGCGCCUGCCGCCAUGUCCCAUGGAGUCUUCUACUCUCCGGCCUGGAACCCGUCCUUCUGGCCCGGGAUCACCCACAUUACACCACCCGGUAGCAGCAAUCAAAAUCCCUCAACAUCCUCUGCAUCUUCACCAUCGAUGUCCCCAUCUCCUCCAAGCAACGGGCUUCCAGGGAACGCGUUUUUUAGCAUGAACACUAGCCAGACUGCCGCCGGGCCCCAGCCGCAGAACCCGGCCUCCUCCACGCGGAGCAGCGGUUCCUCCAGCGGCGGGUGCAGCGACUCGGAGGAGGAGAAUCUUUCCACAGAAGAACUGGAGCAGUUCGCUAAAGAGCUGAAACACAAACGCAUUACCUUGGGUUUCACUCAAGCUGAUGUUGGCCUUGCUCUGGGUAACUUAUAUGGUAAGAUGUUCAGCCAGACAACCAUUUGCCGCUUUGAGGCUCUGCAGCUAAGCUUUAAAAACAUGUGCAAGCUGAAGCCCCUUCUUCAGAGAUGGCUGAAUGAGGCAGAGACCUCGGACAAUCCCCAGGAUAUGUACAAGAUUGAGAGAGUAUUUGUUGACACCAGAAAGAGGAAGAGAAGGACCAGUCUGGAGGGAGCAGUGCGCUCUGCUCUGGAGUCUUACUUUAUCAAGUGUCCCAAGCCCAACACCCAAGAAAUCACACACAUCUCAGAUGACCUGGGUCUGGAGAGAGAUGUUGUACGUGUGUGGUUCUGCAACCGAAGACAGAAAGGAAAGCGCCUGGCCUUGCCACUAGACGAGGAGUGCGACGGCCAGUACUACGAGCAGAGUCCUUCCCCGCUGAACAUGGUCACCUCCCCCAUUCCCAGUCAGGGCUACCCUACUUCCAGCUACCACGGUGGCCCUCCUCCUACACUCUACAUGCCCCCGCUUCAUCGGCCUGACCUCCUGAAACAAGCCCUGCACCCCGGACUAGUUGGUCACCUGACUGGAUAAACUCAGGUGCUCAAGUAGGCCGUAACCACAGAUUGCCUUCCCACGCCUCGCUGUCCAACCUCGCCUAAAGCUGAAGACGAGCCUCUAAACCCAGUAACCAGAUUGACCGAUCGCAUCGUAAUAUCGUGGGACGGAAACAUUCCAAGUGGGGAGGCUCUUCUACCGACCACAGCAGGGAAAUGGAUGAAAGUGGUUACUUGUUCCUGUUUUGGUGGCAAAAUGUAUCAAAUUGCCAUUGGGCAACAUCCUCUUACAACGACCUGCAACUCCCAACAACUGCUUUGACCUCAAACUAAGAAAUUUAAACAGAAUAUGCCUUUUUGUUUUCUUGGAUAAUGCCUAGUAAAUUGUUCAAUCGGCUUUAAUCAUUGCAGGUUUAGAACAUUGUCAAAGUGAGAUUUUGUACAAAUGUUAACUUGCUACAAUGCAUGGUCCAGUUGGUGGGUGAGAAUGUGGUUGUAAAUGUGAGCAGGGUUGAAGAGCCAGGGUAUUUCUUCCCCUAUUGCCAAAUCCUGGGUAGGUUUUCUGUGGUGCAGGCGAGGAAAGGUCUUGGUUAUCAAUGGAAUCACAUGUCAGGGAAUUUAAACCAAAAUCUCCAUCGACGGUUCGGUCAAUGUUUGUGCAAUACUUUCUAGGUUUCAUCCGAAUAGAGCAGCUGAAGUAUUUGUCUGAUCUGCCUCAUUGAAAUGGGAAAUACAAAUUUUUCUAUAAUUUUUGCACAGUUGUAUUGUAACUUUGUUGAAUAUUAUCUUUCUUUCUUUUUUUCUUUCUAUUUUUUUUUUUUUUUAAAAGAAAAUGCCCCGCUUGUAUACUGAACACAGAUUUUGGCCUUAAGAUUGUUGAUUAUCAUCACUGUCUUUUGCAUAAUUUGAGGGGUGGUGAGAUUCUAAGUAAUUUCAGGAAAGGUGAUUAAUGACUUGUUACUCAAGUGUUUUAGCUGCUAAUCUGCCAUUUGCACACAAUCAAUAUUUUCUCAAUGUCUCAAAUGAAUUGUAGUGAGAUUAGGUCUGAUCUGACCCGGAUCAAUUAUGCUGUCAAAUUGUAUUUCAAUAUCUGUUUUUAUUGUGAAGGGUUUUUAUGAAAUGUUGAAUAACACUCAAUACGUGACAUGUUUGUGUGCUUAGUGGAGUAUUUCUCUGUCUUGUUUUAAGCUUUUUUUUUUUUUUUUUUUUUUCUUUUUUUAGAACUUGGAUGACUGUCAUUUUUAGACAUGAAGACAUUAAAUGUCAUUUAUUCACUCAUCUUGACUAUGCCUGUGAAUGUAUUGGCAAGAACAAACUUUCAGAGUUAUCAAAACAGUGAAGCAAUUUUUAUCUUGACUUAUUUCUGUAUUCUGAAACCCACUUUGGACGAUGUCGAAGUGACAAACAAUCCUUUUAACCAGUUAUUUCAGUAUUCUAACAAUCUUGCCUCAUGAAUCAUUUUAGACAUAUUUACUAAUGUGUGAAUGUGCAAUCACAACUGUUAGACUCAGUAGUUUUUAAUGUGACAUUUUCUCAACAGAUUGUAAAUGGAUUGAAUUAUUUAAUACGCUAGCUACACAGAUGUUUUCAAUCAAACCACUGUAACCGUAAAUGCAUUUAGUAAUCAAGAAACUGCUUUUUCU